GAACGCGCGAACCAGCAUGUCGCCAUGACGAUCACUGAGCCACCACACAUAGGGCCGUUUGAUCGAUAAUUUGCAUUUCACGUCCUGUCCCAGCAAAUCAAAGCUGGUUUUACUCGUGGUAAAAAUGUUUUCGCAAAAUAUGCUGAUUCGUGAUGGAGAAUAUACAAAGUCCAUUUACACUAUGAUCAAAGAGGAACGUUUCCAGGAGGCCAUCAACGUUCUCAAUGGCAUCCCGGAAGUUUCCACCACACGAGCCGGACUCUCGCUCCUGGGCCAUUGCUACUACCAAACGCAGGACUUCAUCGAGGCAUCCAACUGCUACGAGCAUCUCGUAAACCUGGUCCCCGACGUGCCCGAGUACAAACUGUACUACGCCCAGUCCCUGUUCCAAGCCGGUCUGUUCGAGGAGGCCCAUAAGAUCUCCACCACGCUGGAUGCCCCGCAGUUGAAGGACAAGGUCCUUCAGCUGCAAUCGGCCAUCGCCUAUGGAAAUGAGGACUACUCUACCGCACAAUCGUUGCUUCUGCAGCGCCAAGGUACCACCAACCAGGAGGCAACAGUGAAGAACGACGAAGGUUGCCUACUCUACCAAGCAAACAUGUUUGAGGACGCCCUGCAGCGGUACGUUUCGGCCUUGCAAGCGGGCGGAUUCAAUCCGCACAUUGCCUACAAUGCGGCGCUGUGUCACUAUCGAAAGAAGGAGAAUUCGCAGGCCUUGAACUACAUCGCGGAAAUCGUCGAGCGUGGCAUUCGCAAUCACCCGGAGCUGGGCGUGGGAGCCCAGGCUGAAACAGAAGGUGGCGCCCGCAGUGUCGGUAAUCCACCCGCGCUGGCCGCCUCGGGUCUGGCUCAGGCCUUCAAUCUGAAGGCCGCCAUCGAGUACCAGGAGGGCAACGUGGAGGGUUCCCGAGAGGCCUUGACCGACUUACCACCUCGUUUGGAACCGGAACUGGAUCCCGUGACGCUCCACAACAUGGCCCUGACUGACCCAAUUGGCGGAGGGGCAGGCCUUCGUCGGUUGGCGUUUCUCCUGGAGCUAGGACCACCAACUUGUCCACCGGAAACCUUCGCCAAUUUGCUUCUACUCUGCUGCAAGCAUGAAAUGUACGACACUGCGGCGGACAUUCUGGCCGAACAUACUCAUCUCACCUACAAGUAUCUAUCGCCGUACCUGUACGAUCUGUUGGAUGCACUCAUCACGGCGCAAUCCACCCCGGAGGAAGCCGAGCAGAAGCUCGGAGUUCUGGCAAACAACAUCGGCGGUAGGCUGCGUUCGUUGGCUGCCAAGGUGCAGGAAUGCCGCUCUGCUCCGGAUCAGAACGCCCUGCGUGUGGCACUUCGCGAGUACGAAUCCGCCCUGGAAAGCUACCUUCCGGUGGCCAUGGCUCGGGCUUGGAUUCCCUGGCGUGCAGACGAUUUCCAAGGUGCGGAGCGAGAAUUCCGCGCCAGUGCUGAGUUCUGCUCGGAAACUCCCACCUGGAGACUUCAUGCCGCGCACGUGCUAUUCAUGCGUGGUGACCGCUACAAGGAAGCCGCUGCCUUCUACGAGCCAAUCGUUCGACAGAACUACGACGAGAUUCUGGCGGUGUCGGCGUCAGUUUUGGCCAACCUGUGCGUGGCCUACAUCAUGACUUCGCAGAAUGAAGAAGCCGAGGAGCUGAUGCGCAAAGUGGAACGAGCCGAGGAACGCAAAGGAAACGCCACUGGCCAGUGUCUGCAUCUGUGCAUCGUUAACCUCGUGAUCGGGACGCUCUACUGCGCCAAGGGAAACUACGAAUUCGGCCUAUCGAGAAUCGCACACGCUUUGGAUGGUGGAUCUGGGGCGCGAUUGUGCGCCGACACUUGGCUGCAUGUGAAACGGUGCGUGCUGGGCCUGCUGACGGGACUGUCCAAGCAAACCAUAGUGCUGCCUUCGAUUGCCAUUCAAGAGACGCUCAGCUUUCUGCGUACUUGCGAAGCGUAUGGGUUAACGAUUCCGUCCGUCUUGACGGGACCACUGGAGGAAAGUGGAGAGCAACCGCCGACAAUCGGAUUGGAAGCACGCAAACUGAGGGCCCUGCUGCUGAGGCUGAUGGAAUACAAGUAGGGUGGAUCGAGUGUGGAUCGAUUUAGUUUUAUAGAAUUGAUUUUUUGAUGAUAACAGAUAGA